CUUCAUCUUCGAGUUCAGGAAGUUGAGAUCUUUCUGUGCCAACAUGGUAAAGAACGAUGUCGUGUUAGAUCUUGCAAGCUUGCUUGGACUUCUUUCCUUACUAACAGAAAUUUUCUUGAACCUAGUGUUCUUAACAGACCAGUUAAGCUUGGUAAAACCGUAAUGCAUCUCUUUUUAAAUAAUUCUUAUCUUCAAGUAACCAGUAUUGCAAUUAGUAAAUUGUCUAAUCCAAAAGAUUAUACUUAUUGGACUUCAUCUCAAGAAGCUACUGAAAAAAUUUCUUCUAAUAAAAUUCUUGAAAGAACAUUAUUAGAAGAAACCUUUAUAGAAGAAGGUAUGCAAGGAACUUUUGAAAGGACAUUAUCAGAAGAAACUCUUGUUGAGGAGCUAAAUGACGAGAAUUAUCAAUCAGAAGUAGUACCAAAAAAAAGGGCAUUAGAUGAUCCCGAUUUACAAUCUGAAGAAAUUUUUAAAGCUACCAAAUGCAAUAAUAAUGAUAGCAUUAGAACUUUCCAGAAAUCAAAUAUGAUUCAUACUGAUUUUUCAGAAGUAAAUUUAAAAGGAGGUAAAAGAAAACCUGCAUAUCUUAUAUUUAACAGGUCCAAGAUGUUUUUCUGUCGCAAUGCUAAUGGUUUUGUCUGGCUCAGACUACCUAAAUGUUACAUUUUAAAUACUACAAAGGUCUCGACAGACAUUAUUCGAUAUAUUUUUUUAAAGCAAUUUGGACUUUGUAACGUGUUUGAUAUUAAUAAUAAUGAGCAGCCAAGCGAACAAUCGUUAUUCAGCUUUGUUACUUAUGAUAGACCAAAUAAUUUCAUGUCAAGUGCUGAGACCAAGAAGAGUUCAUAG